CGCCAAAUUUAAAUUACACGAUGCAAACUGGAAUGAGUUCUCAAAGACGACCGACCAAGAGCUUGAUAAAAGAAGACUCACCAAUCAGACAAACAGAGACGCUGCGGUACUCACCAAGUCUAUUCGUGUUGCAGCUAAUAAACAUAUUCCACAAACCCACCCCGGUCAAAAAAGAUCCGUUUAUUGGUGGAGUUCCGAGCUCUCCACACUUCGAUUGGAAAAGAUUUCGGAAAGCAGCGAAGUCCGCUAAAGCCCAAUGUUUCCAACAAUUUUCCAGCACAAUUAACAGGGACACGCCCAUUGCAAAAGUUUGGAGCCAAUUGAAAACUAUCUACAACAGAAAUACGGAUAACUCAAUACUAUCAAUCAAAUCCAACAAUCAAACCCUACUCGAACCAUCGAAUAUUGCAAAUCAAUUCGCCUCAGACUGGGCACAGUUCUCCUCAGACGAUAAUUUCUCCCCCGCUUUUAGAGCAGCGAAGUACCGAACAAGUGUUCCUUUAACUCACAAUCCAAUAUGCAAGCGAGAAUGUUAGAGUCAGCUAUUACCACAUCCGAAUUCAAACAAGCAAUUAAUGGUGCCAAAGGGAAUACUCCUGGAGCGGAUCGUAUAUCAUAUAAAAUGAUAAAGUUUACUUCGUCUCGGACGCAACUUAAAAUACUCGAUUUAUACAAUAAUAUUGUCAACACCGGUGUUAUCCCAUUCGCAUGGAAAACAGCUAUCGUCGUCCCCAUACUCAAGCAGAGUAAAGACCCAACUAAAACAUCCAGCUAUCGACCAAUUUCGUUACUGCCAUGCCUUGGCAAAAUUUUAGAAAAAAUAAUUGCUAAAAGACUAUCUUGGUUUCUAGAAAACAGAAGACUCAUAGCACCAAACCAAGUUGCCUACACAGCUUAGAGCGGCUGCACCGAUGCACUUCUCCACAUCGAUUUUUAUUCCGCCAAAGCCCUCUCCUCAAAGAAUCACGUUUCUAUACUCUCAAUCGACUUUGAAAAAGCAUUCGAUCGGAUUGGUGCGCAUAUUGUUAUCGAAACCCUACAGUCAUGGGGAAUCGGUCGUAAGGUACUAAUGUUCAUCCAAGGUUUUCUAACUAACCGCCGACUAAGAGUUAAGGUCAACAAUACGCUCUCGGAACCCCAACAACUACAUAAUGGAAUACCUCAAGGGUCGCCAUUGUCGGUAAUCCUCUUCCAAAUCGCUUUUAACCGCAUCAGUACCAUCAUACUCAAAUAUAAGACAUUAGAGCACUGCAUAUACGCAGAUGAUCUGUAUAGAAUGGCAAAAGGCAACAAUAACAAUGACAACAACACGGUAUUUACCAAUGUCGUAAGCGAAAUUAGCAGUUGGGCACAUAGAGCUGGUGCGAACAUCAAUUUUUCUAAAUCAGCGAUUCUUCAUAUCUGCCGGAAACACAACUGCAACCCACCGGAUCUGACAAUAAAUACCAACCGUAUCAAACGGGUUGACAAAUUAAAAAUUCUCGGUAUUGUUUUUAGCAAAAAUUACAAAUGGAACAACCACGUCACACAACUGAAAAAAUCGCUAAUGUCUAGAACCAACCUGAUCCGGUACCUAGCCGGUAGGAGCUACACACAUAUCAACACACUCGUAUAUCUGGUAAAAACUCUGGUGCUGAGUAAAAUCGACUACGGGCUAUUUCUAUACGGAAGUACUCCAAAGACUACUCUAAACAUCAUCAAGCCCUCAUAUCACCAAGCCAUCAGAAGCAGCAUUUACGCGUUUGUCACCACCCCGAUAAACAACAUGUUGACCGAAUCAGGCCUUCCAGCACUGGAAGACAGAAUCUCCGAAAAUAGACUUAGACUACUACCAAAAAUACUGUUUCAAAACAACUCAAUAAUCGACAACGACACCAAUAAAGCCAUCCUCUGCAAAAAAAUCCCAAAACUCCCUUCAGCUAUAUACGACAUUCUUAAAGGCCACAACGAAACACAUCAAAUGCACAAACAUCACAUUAAAAAAUACC